AUGAUAACCUGGCACGAUCUCUACACAGUUUUAACCGCCGUGAUUCCACUCUACGUCGCCAUGAUCUUAGCCUACGGCUCCGUACGGUGGUGGAAAAUAUUCUCACCGGACCAAUGUUCCGGCAUAAACCGUUUCGUUGCUAUCUUCGCAGUACCACUUCUUUCCUUCCAUUUCAUCUCCACAAACGACCCUUACGCUAUGAAUUUCCGCUUCAUCGCCGCGGAUACGCUUCAGAAAAUCAUCAUGCUCUUCGCACUUACUAUAUGGACUAACUUCUCCGUGAACGGAAGUUUGGAGUGGAUGAUCACAAUCUUCUCUCUUUCCACAUUGCCCAACACUUUGGUUAUGGGAAUUCCGCUUCUUAUUGCCAUGUACGGCGAAUAUUCCGGCAAGCUUAUGGUUCAGGUGGUGGUUCUUCAGUGUAUCAUUUGGUAUACUCUUCUUUUGUUCCUUUUUGAGUACCGUGGCGCGAAGCUUCUCAUCAUGGAACAGUUUCCUGAAACUGCUGCUUCUAUUGUUUCGUUUAAGGUUGAUUCCGAUGUUGUUUCGCUGGACGGAAGGGAUUUUCUUGAGACGGAUGCUGAAGUUGGUGAUGACGGGAAGCUUCAUGUUACUGUCAGGAAAUCAAAUGCUUCCAGGAGAUCUUUUAUGAUGACUCCACGGCCGUCGAAUCUCACCGGAGCUGAGAUUUAUAGUUUGAGUUCUUCUAGGAACGCCACGCCGCGAGGGUCUAAUUUUAACCACGCGGAUUUCUACUCCAUGAUGGGUUAUGCGCCGAGACAUUCUAAUUUUGGUGCUGCGGAUGUGUAUUCCGUUCAAUCGACUUCACGCGGCCCUACUCCGAGACCGUCUAAUUUUGAAGAUAAUACAACACCAGCGCCAACAGCAUCAGCAGCAUCGGCACUAGUGGUGAGCUCUCCGAAAUUUGGAUUUUAUCCGGCACAGAAUGUACCUGUGACUUACCCGGCUCCGAACCCAGAAUUCUCUUCUGGGUUGAGCAAGAGUAUUAGCAAAAACUCGCAGCAACAGUUUUCUCAACAGUCACAACAAUUGGUUCAGGCACAACCACAAACGGUUACUAACAAUGGUACUGCUGCUAAAACAAGCCAUGAUGCAAAAGAGCUUCACAUGUUUGUGUGGAGCUCUAGUGCCUCUCCGGUUUCCGAAGCUAGCGGGCUUCAAGUCUUCGGCAGUGGAGCCGCUGAUUACGGAGUGUCCGACCAAUCUGGACGCUCCGAACAAGGUGCUAAGGAGAUUAGAAUGUUGGUUCCUGAUGACCAUCCUCCAAAUGGGGUCACGAAUAAAGUUGAAAAUGAAGCUAUGACUGAAACAGAGUUUGGAGGAGAAGAGUUGAAAUUUCCGGUAAAAGAAGAAGAACUCCGUCUGGAAGAAGAUCGCCGAGAAAAAGAAGACCCGGCCGGGCUAAACAAGCUAGGAUCAACCUCAACGACAGAGCUACACCCGACAAACGCCGGUGCCACCACAGCAAAACACAUGCCUCCGGCCAGCGUUAUGACUCGUCUCAUAUUGAUCAUGGUUUGGCGGAAGCUAAUCCGCAACCCAAACACAUAUUCCAGCCUCAUUGGUGUCAUUUGGUCCCUAGUAGCCUUUAGGUGGCAUGUGCAUAUGCCCAAAAUAAUAGAGAAAUCAAUCUCCAUACUGUCUGAUGCUGGUCUUGGAAUGGCUAUGUUCAGUUUAGGUUUGUUUAUGGCUCUACAACCUAAGAUGAUUGCAUGUGGGAACUCGGUUGCUUCAUUUGCUAUGGCUGUUCGGUUUCUUACCGGUCCCGCAGUUAUGGCAGCGGCUUCCAUUGCCGUUGGCCUGCGUGGCAACCUUUUGCGCGUAGCUAUUGUUCAGGCUGCUCUUCCUCAAGGGAUUGUUCCGUUUGUGUUUGCGAAAGAAUACAAUGUUCAUCCAGCCAUUCUUAGUACUGGGGUUAUAUUUGGAAUGUUGAUAGCACUACCGAUUACACUAAUCUAUUACAUAUUACUUGGUUUGUAA